UCUAGCGAAUUCGAAUUCUUACUGUAAUGAAUGAAUGUUCUAUUCAUAACGCAUUAUCAGUUGCGGACGAUGAUAAAUCUUCAAGGAAGAGACGAUUGGAGAAGGAUCAGAUGAUGCUCUUGGACAAACAACAGGAACAAGAUCAUGAUUGCGACGAGAAUACAGUAGCGGUAAUCUCACCAACUAGAGGCACGUUCCUGACACAUGGAUUCGUAUCCGUGAUUGGACGGAGAAGAGAAAUGGAAGAUGCUGUGGCGAUAGAGCUAGGAUUUCUGACGAUUGAUAAUUCGAGAGAUUACGACUUUUUCGGUGUCUACGACGGCCACGGAGGAUCGCGCGUUGCAAACAGUUGCCAGGGACGUCUCCACCAUUUACUAGUGGAGGAGUGCAAGACGACAACGUCGUCGUCUUCGUCGACGUGUUUCGGCGAGGAGAUUUGGUCGAGGAUUAUGAUAAAGUGUUUUCUGAAGAUGGAUGAGGAAGUGAACAGCAUCAAAGCGACUAGUUCUAGUCCUGUCACCAUAGGGUCCACGGCUGUGGUUGCAGUAGUGGGAGAGGACGAGGUUGUUGUCGCCAAUUGUGGCGACUCCAGAGCUGUCCUGUCUAGAGGAGGGAUCCCACUUUCCAUAUCAAAUGAUCACAAGCCAGACAGACCUGAUGAAUUGGAGAGGAUUGAAAGCGCUGGUGGUAAGGUUAUAGAUUGGGACGGGCAUCGAGUGUUGGGAGUACUUGCUACUUCACGAUCCAUAGGAGAUGAAUAUCUUCAACCUUAUGUGAUACCUGAGCCAGAGGUAAUGAUAACUAAAAGAACGAAUGCGGAUGAGUUUUUGAUUCUGGCAACGGACGGUCUGUGGGAUGUUGUGAGUAAUGAAAUGGCGUGCUUGGCGGUGAAGAGAAUACUUGAAGGGAGAUCAUUGAAGAAGAAGAAGAAGAUGAUGAUCAGAUCAUCAUCUGAUCAUGUAGUAGUAAUGCAGGAGGAGAAUGUGGAGAAGAAAAAGUAUGGGCGAGCUCAAGUAGCGGCUGGUUUGCUUGUUGAAUUGGCUAAAUCUCGUGGCAGCAAAGAUAAUAUCACUGUUGUUGUUGUGGAUCUUAACAAAGCUCGCAAGAAAUGCAAAGUCGGACUCGUCAUUUCAUAAUGAUGAUGAUGUUGAUGAUGUACUAGUUUUGAUAAUCAUCCAUUACUUUUGGUUUCUAAUCAAAUAUGUAAUCUAAUGGUGCUACUAUAUAGAGAGAGUGAGUGGUUAACUAGUCUUAUUUAAAUAAAUUUUUAAUCUC